CGCUCCAUCCUCCUUCAACCCUAUAUGGCAGAGGCAAGGAAUCCUCCUUCGCUAUCCCAUUUUUAAAGCCCAGCACACACCUCGAAAUCCUCACUCUCAACACUCUUGCAGCAACAGCAGCAGUUGUUUCUCUCUUCGCCGCUCCAAAGCCAACGAUAAGCCAUGUGUGACGACGACGUUGCCGCUCUCGUAGUUGACAAUGGUUCCGGUAUGUGCAAAGCCGGAUUCGCUGGAGAUGAUGCACCCCGAGCUGUCUUCCCCUCCAUCGUUGGAAGGCCCAGACAUCAGGGUGUGAUGGUCGGUAUGGGUCAAAAGGACAGCUACGUAGGAGAUGAAGCCCAGAGCAAGAGAGGUAUCCUCACUCUCAAAUACCCCAUUGAACACGGUAUCAUCACCAACUGGGAUGACAUGGAAAAGAUCUGGCAUCACACCUUCUACAAUGAACUCCGAGUAGCCCCCGAAGAACACCCCGUCCUUCUUACAGAAGCUCCCCUCAACCCCAAGGCUAACAGGGAAAAGAUGACACAAAUCAUGUUUGAAACCUUCAACACUCCAGCUAUGUACGUCGCCAUCCAGGCUGUAUUGUCCCUCUACGCUUCCGGUAGGACCACCGGUAUUGUGUUGGACUCUGGAGAUGGUGUAUCCCACACAGUACCCAUCUAUGAAGGUUAUGCUCUUCCUCAUGCCAUCCUCCGUUUGGACUUGGCCGGCCGAGAUCUCACUGAUUACCUGAUGAAAAUCCUCACAGAACGUGGUUAUUCUUUCGUCACAACAGCUGAGCGGGAAAUCGUAAGAGACAUCAAGGAGAAGCUUUGCUAUGUCGCUUUGGACUUCGAGCAGGAAAUGGCCACCGCCGCCUCCACAUCCUCCCUCGAGAAGUCCUACGAGUUGCCUGAUGGACAGGUCAUCACCAUCGGCAAUGAGAGGUUCAGGUGCCCCGAAGCUCUCUUCCAACCAUCCUUCUUGGGAAUGGAAUCUUGCGGUAUCCAUGAGACCACCUUCAAUUCCAUCAUGAAGUGCGAUAUUGAUAUCCGUAAGGAUCUCUAUGCCAACACUGUACUCUCUGGUGGCACCACCAUGUACCCAGGUAUUGCUGAUCGUAUGCAGAAGGAAAUUACAUCUCUUGCCCCAAGCACCAUGAAGAUCAAGAUCAUUGCACCACCUGAGAGGAAAUACUCCGUAUGGAUCGGAGGUUCCAUCUUAGCCUCACUCUCCACCUUCCAACAGAUGUGGAUCUCAAAGCAGGAGUACGAUGAGUCUGGACCAUCCAUUGUCCACCGCAAGUGCUUCUAAACAGAACUUGUAUUUAAUUACGUGCGUAAAUAAUCAAUCAAAAAACUGCUCAGUGUUUAUCCUGCUGUUUUUUUUUCUUCAAGAGAACAACUGUCCUUCGAUGAUGCUGUAUAAUAAAGUUUAUUUAUUAAUCUAAUUGAA